AAGAGCAGAGCGGGCUAGAGGCCGACGUGACCAUCUUUCGUCGUCGCCGCAGCCGCCGCCCAGAGAGGAGCCGUCGAGGGCCCUCACCCCGCCACCCCCACCGGCCAUUAUGUCCGCCCAGGCGCAAAUGCGGGCCCUUCUGGACCAGCUUAUGGGCACUGCCCGGGACGGAGACGAAACCAGACAGAGGGUCAAGUUUACAGAUGACCGUGUCUGCAAGAGUCACCUUCUGGACUGCUGCCCUCAUGACAUCCUGGCUGGGACGCGCAUGGAUUUAGGAGAAUGUACCAAAAUCCACGACUUGGCCCUCCGAGCAGAUUAUGAGAUUGCAAGUAAAGAAAGAGACCUUUUUUUUGAAUUGGAUGCAAUGGAUCACUUGGAGUCCUUUAUCGCAGAAUGUGACCGGAGAACUGAGCUUGCCAAGAAACGGCUGGCAGAAACACAGGAGGAGAUCAGUGCAGAAGUUUCUGCAAAGGCAGAAAAAGUACAUGAGUUAAAUGAAGAAAUAGGAAAACUCCUUGCUAAAGCUGAGCAGCUAGGUGCUGAAGGAAAUGUGGAUGAAUCCCAGAAGAUUCUUAUGGAAGUGGAGAAAGUUCGUGCAAAAAAAAANGAAGCUGAGGAAGAAUACAGAAAUUCCAUGCCUGCAUCCAGUUUUCAACAGCAAAAGCUGCGUGUCUGUGAGGUCUGUUCAGCCUACCUUGGUCUCCAUGAUAAUGACCGACGUCUGGCAGACCACUUCGGGGGCAAGUUACACUUGGGGUUCAUUCAGAUCCGAGAAAAGCUUGAUCAGUUGAGGGUAUGCCACAAGGGGAGCAGGCCUUGCCAUUUCCCACCGCCUACUGGGCACAAAGAGCUAGAAGACAGCAAGUUGAGGGGGUGGUUAGUUCCUCACCUCACCUCUGUGAUUUGGGGUACCUUCUCUCAGAGGGUAAGGAAUGAGGGUACUUUGGGGAAAUUGUUCACCUUUUUUUCCCUUUUUAGGUCUGGAUCAAGAACCAGAGAUCGCAGGAGGUCACGCUCCCGGGACCGGCGUCGGAGGCGGUCAAGGUCUACAUCCCGGGAGCGGGAGCGACGGAAGUCUUCCCGGUCCCGGUCCCGAGACAGACACCGGCGCCACCGUAGCCGUUCCCGGAGUCACAGCCGGGGACACCGCCGGGCUUCCCGGGACCGGAGUGCGAAAUACAAGUUCUCCAGAGAGCGGGUAGCAAGAGAGGAGUCCUGGGAGUGUGGGCGGAGCGAGCGUGGGUCCAUUGACUGGAGGCUUGAGAGCUCCAACGGGAAGGCAGCUUCACGGAAGUCAGAGGAGAAGGAGGCCGGCGAGAUCUGAGUCUGCACCUGAGCACUAUAAAUAGUCUGACAAACGUUCAACACAACCUAAAAUUACCCUUUAUAUUUGCUGAAUACAAUUCAUCUUUUGUAGUUUAAAAUUUCUAUUGUUUUGGAGCUAACUGUGAGUUUCUAGAGUUGUACAGAGUUGCUCCUGUGUUCUGAAGUUAUGUUGAGUAGGAAUAAAUAAAUCUGAUGGACUGCCUCCU